UGCUUGCCAUAAAAACAAAAUCAGCCAAGACCUCAGAAAAGUCUGGUUCAUCCUUGGGAGCAAUUUCCAAACACCUGAAGCAAACUUCGUGAUUGAGUUGGAGACGUGCGUGGCCACGCAGUCCUGGGUGAACAUGGAGUACAGGAGGGGGCUGAGCACGCACCCCAGUGGGGCCCCUUGUGGUGAAGAUCAGUCAAUGGUCUACGCUCCUAUGGAGCCAAGGGCUUAAGCCAAUGGGUGAGGACUUCCGAUGUGGAGCUACAGUCGAUCUCAUACAGUAUGUAGCUGCUGCAGACGACACAUCACAUGGAUACUGUAUGUGGACUCUGGUAAAGGGAGCAGCUGGAACUAUCAUAACCCUGCUAAAAAAAGAGCCAGCUACCAUUGAGGAGCCAUGGCCUCAUUUGGACAGAUAAUCUUGUGGGGCUUGAUAGUCAGUAUCUUCGUAACUGCUGGACUCAUCAUUCUCAUCUUGUCUGUGUCAUUUUCAGGUCAGGGCUUGGGGGGUUCCAAGGGCACUGUGGAUAGCAUUGACAAGUGGCCCAUCGGGUACUUGGGAGAGGAUGUCAUCUUGAGCUGCAAGUUCAAGACUUCCACUAACAGCAGGGAAUCGACCAGUCAGGUGUCAAUCACCUGGACGAAGGAGGGGCUAAGUGAAGUGGUGUACAAGUAUGAUAAAGGAGCAGUCCAGCUGACGGAGCAAAACCCCCAGUUUAGAAAUAGAACCCUGCUGUUCUCAGAUGCCAUAGGUGGAGGCAAUGCCUCCCUGUUGCUGAGGGACGUAAAAGUGGGAGACAAUGGGGUGUACUACUGCAGUGUGAGCACUCCUAGUUGCUCGGGAACUGCCAGUGUUAACCUCAGAGCUGCAGCUUUCUCAGCCCCCAAAUUCAAGCGGGUAAACACUACCCUAACGGCAGAGGCAGAGAGAUGGUUCCCCAAACCAAACAUCACCUGGUUGGAUGUCAAUGACAACGUCCUGAACGAGAGUGAAACUAGCUUCUUCAACAACUCCGCCGGGAUAACUCGAUUCAUCAGCUCCCUUCAGCCAAUCAAAUUGUAUGGCAGCUACACCUGCAUCAUCCAAAACCCUCUGGUGAAGGCCAUCUCCCAGGCAACCAUCAAAGAUACAGAGAUAUCAGCAAAGACUUUCUUCUCCUUCAAUACUUCAGCUGCACCACCCAUACUACGACCUCAAUGGCACGUUCUCGCAGCUACGGCCAGUGUUUUUCUCUGGAUCUACCAGCUAACCUGAAACACAUUGACACCAACUGCUCCUCAUAGCCUACAGUCAAGGUUACUAAAAGUACUGUGGUCUGAUGGAAUUUAUGUUGGAUAUAACAAGUGGAGAUACAGUGUGUGUGCAUGGCUAUAGGUUAUCUAAUAAGUGGUGAAAUUAUAGUUACAGCAGCAAUACUGUAAUUACAUAAUAAUAACAAUUACUUUUUUUCCUAUGGGAUUCACUGUGGCAAUCAGUCUACUGGGCUAUCAGUGUAACACGUGAAUCUAUAGGUCUAUAGUUUCUUUUUUUUACAAUAAAAUGUAAAUGUUUUUAAAUGGUUUGAGUUUGGUGCUUGUUGAAGUUCAUUCUGUGUUCGCUGCAUGGGCCAUGCAUGGUCUUUCAAACCGGUAGAUGGGGCCUGCGGGAAGGAUAUUCUGAGUUGAGGGGCCUGGGACGUCGAUUAGUUCUCUGCUUCAGAUCGCAAACAACUUCAAACCACGCCUGGGGGUGCAACGGCUGUUUUUCAUUGGACUGGAGAAGAGGGUUUCAUGUUUCAAGGAAGAGAGAACGUACCUAGUGUGGAGUAUUACGGAAGAAAAGUUGAGGGUGUAGGAAACAGUGUAACAAUAGUUAUAGGCCUAUACAGUCCUACACUGAAUGUUAUUUUGGUGUUAAGGUAUUAUGCUUGGGUUUUCUGUUGCCUACUAACGUUAACUGUAACCUAGGCUACUGAUAUAGUUGCAAAUUGGUAGCCUAGGUCGAUUUCUGACACCGGUAGUUUUUAUUCUUAAACAAAAUCCGGUAUCAAAUUGUUUUUAAAGAAACGAGACAAUAAUAUAAAACACAAUGUCACACUGUGACCAAAUUUUGGAAAAAGAUGUGGAUUCCUCGCCAACCGCGACCACAAACUCGAGCUCUAAAAACGGAGAUAACGGGGACGCCGUUAUCAAUGCGAGGGCAGUGUGCCGCGUUUGUAAAUGUUUAUAUCGCGAGCCUAAAAUUAUGCAGUGUUUACACACCUUCUGCGCGGACUGCGUUCGUCAACUGGAACCAUUUUCGGUGUCUUCGGGAGUACACAAUGGUAAAGCGGUCCCUCUGGAAGGCGAGCCGCCCUCUGCCGUCACCGUUCUCUGUCCGGAGUGUGACUCCGAGGUGGACAUCCCGUUGUCCGGAGUGGACGGGCUGACCACUGACCACUUGGCCCUGGACGAAGUGUUUCUGGAGACGAUGAUGAGCAAGAACUCUGUGGUAUGCGACCUGUGCAGCGACGGGGACGCAGAGAAGCGUUGUGAGGUGUGCAGUGUCAACCUGUGUGAGUUUUGUAUUCAAGCACACAGGAGACAGAAGAGGACGUCGUCUCACACCGUCCAGUGUCUGGAGGACCUGAAGACCCAGGGUUGUCUCUCUCGGCCUGUCCUGUGCUCCCUCCACCCUGCCCAGGAGCUGCGUCUCUUCUGUGAGCCCUGUGACCUACCUGUCUGCCUGGAGUGUGCCGCCACCUUCCACCGCGACCACCGCUGCCUCCCCACACGUGAUGUCAUCGAUCGCCAUGGGGGCCGUAUCCGGGAUUUGGUUACCGGGCGCCUGCGGCCACGGCUGGACCAGCUGGAGGAGUCACUGCGGAAGGUGGACCUAUCCCAGGAGACCUUGCAGACCAGGGUGGAUGCGGCGGUGGACGAGGUGCGUUCCUUCGCACGAGGCUAUGCUAGCGCUGUGGAGUCGCACUGCCUGUUGCUGCUACGGCGCUUAGAGGAGCUGGGUCUGCAGCGCAGGAGUCAUCUCCAUCUGCAGAGGGCGCAGCUGCAGCAGGCCCUGUCGGACACCCGCGGGGGGGUGGAGUUUGCAGAGCGGCUGCUGACGUGCGGGUCGGACGCAGAAAUCCUCAGUGCUAAGGACGUGACCCUCCGCAGGCUGGCUGCCCUGAUGGAGACUGGUUACAACCCCCCCCCAGAAGCCGUCUGCCCCGAUGAAGGGAGCAGUAUUUGCUUCCUGCCACAGGAGAGUGCAGGCGAGGUGGCGGGGUACCCGAUGGUGGGGGUGAUCCACACCAAGACCCUGGAGCUCAGCAGGUGCACCAUUGAAGGGGAAGGUCUGCAGCGUGGCAGGGAAGGCCAAAGAGGGGAGUUCACCCUGGUGUGUAGAGACUUUGCUGGGGAGCAGAUGGGUCGUGGAGGGGAAGCUGUCCUGGUCAGUAUGGUCCACAAGGAGAAGAAAGACUGCAGAGUGGAGGCGGCGGUGGUGGAUAACAAUGAUGGCUCCUAUUCUGUCUCCUACACCCCCAUGGAGCCAGGGCCCUACUCUGUGUGGGUGUGUGUCAAGGCCCUACACGUUAAGGGUUCCCCCUUUGUCCUGAAUGUGAGGAGACAGGUCCGGUGGCACCGUGGAACAUUCCACUGCUGUUCCUUCUGCUCCAGUGGGGGUUCUAAAGAGGCCCGUUGUGGCUGCAUGGGAACCAUGCCAGGAGGGUUCCAGGGCUGUGGUCACGGCCAUAAGGGUCACCCCGGUAAGCCCCACUGGUCGUGCUGUGGAAGUACGGUGGAGGCCUCAGAGUGCCUGCCACAGAGUGUCAUAACGGCAGUGGGUGGAACAAUAACAGCAGUGGGGGGGACAGGCUCGCCUCGGGGCCACCUCAGGACAGUGGAGCUCUGAGGGACAGGGCCAGGACACCCCUACCCCCACCAGAUAUCAUGGGUCUACAAAUCAACCCUUUCAAAAUUUCUAUUUAUUUCUAUUUUCAAGAUGUAGAUUUUAUACACACUACACAAAACAAUAUUUGUUGUGAUCUGCUACUGUAGGCAACUAUUCUGUCGUUUCUAUUGUUUUGCAUAUGCAUGUUACAUCACAAGACUGAUUUAGUGCCUUUCAUGUAUUUGAAAGACCAUUAUUUUUAUUCUGAAAUAAAUAACACUGAAAUAA